AUGAGGAAGUUGGAGAACGAGAAUGAGACCGUGGUUUCGGCUGGCAUUUCUCCAACAGCAGAUGUGCAGGUUAUCUUCACCACCACCCCGGCCGUGGAAUGCAGUAGCCGAGAAAGCGUCCCCAAUGGCCGAGCCUUGCUGGACGUGCGCAUCCCCGAACGAGUAGAGGUCAUUCGUGAUUAUGCCUUCCGUGAGUGUAGCUCCUUGGCACGUGUGAGCAUCCCCAACUCAGUGACUCGCUUGGGGUUCAGUGCUUUUGCUGGCUGUAGGUCUUUGAGAGCUUUGACCAUCCCUGACUCAGUGACUUGGAUCGGAGAGAAUGCCUUCGAAGACUGUAGCUCUUUGGUAGCCUUGACCAUCCCCGGCUCCGUGGUGCAGAUUGGGAGCUUCGCCUUUGAGGGAUGCACAUCGCUCAGGAGCUUGACCAUCUCCGACUCAGUGGUUCGAAUUUCACAGCGUACCUUCCGGGGCUGCAGCUCUUUGACGAGUUUGAACAUCCCCAGUUCUGUGACAGAGAUUGGACCCAACGCCUUCCAAAACUGCACUGCCUUGUCUACUUUGACCAUCCCCAACUCAGUGAUUCGAAUUGGACAGUUGGCAUUUGCAGGCUGCUCUUCUUUGCGAAGUCUGACCAUCCCCGACUCCAUGUGUCGAAUUGGAUUCUGUGCCUUCCAAGGCUGCCGGUCCUUGAAGAGCCUGACGAUCCCAGAGUCAGUGACACAGUUGGGAUACCAUGCUUUCGGAGAAUGCACUGCCUUGAGCAGCCUGCGGCUUCCAGAGUCUCUGAAGCACGACUCAAACUUCUUUGCAGGGUGUAGUAGCUUGCCCCGAACUCCGAGAGGCUCUAUAGUUGCUGAGAUCUGA